AUGCCAGGCCGAGGGUUACUCAGGGUACUCACCGGAUGCACCCUACUGUCGCUCGGUGCCGUCACUGUCGUGGCACAAGAUAGGUGGCCGUACAUGACCCUGCAGACUGCUCCGUACGAGCCUCCGCAGAUCCAAAUCACCAAGAGCGGCACCACCGACCCGGGCUAUCUCUUUGUUGGCCCCCGUGGCAACCGGCCGGCAGGCACGGCGGCGUUGAUCUACGAUGAGGACGGCAACCUGGUCUACCAGGGCCCAGAACAGGUGACAGCCAAUUUCCGGGUCCAGCGGCUGUUCAACCAGGAUGUCAUUACCUUCUGGGCCGGCAACAUGACAGACCUGGGAUUUGGAUAUGGCUCCGUCCACAUUCUCGACAAUACCUACCGGGAGAUCUACACGGUGACCCUGCAGGGGGACUUUGAGACGCCGGACGACAGCGUGCCGGAUUCGUACAUUGACCUGCACGAGAGUCACAUCUCGGCCCGCAAUACGUUGCUGGUCACGGCCUACAACGUCACCCAGCAGUCCCUGACGUCGAUCGGGGGGACGCCGGAGGAUUACAUGCUGGACAGUCUGUUCUACGAGAUCGACAUUGCCACCAAUGAGGUUGUGCAUUCGUGGAGCGCUCUGGAGCAUGCUGACCAGAUUGCCUUGACGGAUUCCAAACAGGGGAUUGACGAUGAUCAUGGAACGCAUGAGCAGCCGUGGGAUGCGUACCAUAUCAACUCGGUGGAACUGUUUGACCAGGGGUACCUCAUCUCUAUGCGGCACUACUGGUCUGGGUAUUAUGUCCAUAGCAAUGGGACUGUCAUGUGGCAACUUAGUGGCGAACCGGGCAAGGGCGACUUUCAACUGGACCAGGCCGGCGCCUUCUCCUGGCAGCACGACAUGCGCAUCUACAAUGAGACCCAAACCGGCAUGAUCCUGACUCUGUUCAACAACGCCAACACCCCUAGUGAGACUGUUGCGCCGUCGACGGGUCUGAGUUAUGCAGUGGAUCUGGUCAACCGCACGGCGAAGACUCUUCGUACGCUGGGCGACAGCAAGGACGCCAUCCACAGCGUCAGUCAAGGCAACUACCAACAGCUGAGCCCGUCGGGGCAUGUCGUGCUGGGCUACGGCUCUAUUGCCAAGAUCAAAGAGUUUGACGCCAACAACAAGGUGGUCCUCACGGCGCAGUUUGGCACCGACAACGAGGUGGCGUCGUACCGCGGGUAUAAAUGCGCCUGGAAAGCGACGCCGUUCUGGGCGCCAGCGAUUGUGGUCCGUCGGGUAUCCGGUAAUUCCGCCCAGGUGUUUAUGAGCUGGAACGGGGCAACUGAGUAUGACAAUUGGGCUGUCAUGACGGCGGAUUCGUUGGAUUCUGUCAACCCUACGAUUGUCACUACCUUUAAGCGCACUGGUUUUGAGACGUCUGGUACGGUCAGAGGGUUAAAGACGAAGUAUCUCCAGGUGGUUGCUCGUCGGGGAGAUAUUCCUCUUGGCAUGUCGCCUAUUCCAUAUAAACCUGGAGCCAUCACCCCUUUCAACCUACCAACCACAACAACGCAACCACAGAACAGAAUUGAAACAGGAACAGAAUUGAAAAUGCAUCUCAACCUCUCCAGCCUUACUCUGACCCUCUGUCUCUCUCCCCUGGCUCUAGCCCUCCCACCCAACCCCAUGAGAAUGACCAUGAAGAUGACGAUGAAAAUAAGACCAACAAACCAAACCCUCGGCCACGCCACCAUCCUCAACACCUGCCAGGACCCAAUCUACCUCUGGUCCGUCGGCUCAACCAUCUCCCCUCAAUUCACCGUCCCCCCAAACACAACCUACACCGAGCCCUACCGCCGCGAUCCCGCAAGCGGCGGCAUCGCGCUCAAGCUCACGCGCGUGCAGAACGGGCUGUAUACUGCUGCGCCGCAGAUGGUGUUUGCGUAUAAUCUUGUGGAGAGGCAGAUAUGGUAUGAUUUGUCGGAUGUUUUUGGGGAUCCAUUCCUCGGAUAUCCUGUCAAAGUUGAGUAUCGGUCUGUGGAUCAGGGGGAGGGACGGGAUGAGGGGGAUGAAGGAGAUGAAGAGAAAGGGAUUGAGUGGGUGGAUGGGGUGUCGCCGGGGGGAAGUAUGGUUAGGGUUGCGGGUGCAGAGGGGGAUUUGGUUUUGACGGUUUGUUAG